CUUUGUCUUCUUCUCUGUUUAUCAUCAUUCUUCACUUCCUCUACGAAAUCAUGGCGGUCCACGGCCCGGUCGUGAAAAUCCAUCCGGUGGUUUUGGCAUCGAUUGUAGACUCAUACGAGCGUAGGAAUGAGGGAGCGAGUCGCGUGAUCGGAACAUUAUUAGGAACCGCAGAUAAGCAUUCAGUUGAAGUCACCAACUGUUUCUCUGUUCCUCACAAUGAGUCUGAAGAUGAGGUGGCUGUUGACAUGGAGUUCGCCAAGAACAUGUAUGAGCUUCAUAAGAAGGUUUCGCCCAGUGAAGUCAUUAUUGGAUGGUAUGCAACAGGAUACGACAUCACGGAGCACUCCGUUCUGAUCCAUGAGUAUUACAGCCGAGAGGCUCCAAACCCCAUUCACCUGACCGUGGACACAGCACUGCAGAGCAACAAAAUGAACAUCCGUGCCUAUGUCAGUUCCCAGAUGGGUGUUCCGGGCAAGACAGUCGGUGUCAUGUUCACGCCCCUGACAGUCAAGUACAUUUACUACGACACAGAACGCAUUGGAGUUGACCUUCUACAGAGGACUCGUGCAUCCCCCAGUCGUACCAACGGACUGACCACAGACCUGGCCCAAGUGGGCAGUGCAGCAGGACGCAUACAAGAAAUGCUGUCCACAGUACUCACAUAUAUAGAAGACGUACUGUCUGGUAAAGUGAUGGCAGAUAACAGUGUUGGUCGUUACCUGAUGGAUCUUGUGAACAAAGUGCCCAAGAUCACAGCAGAAGAUUUUGAGAGCAUGCUGAACUCCAACAUUAAUGAUCUGUUGAUGGUGACCUACCUGGCAAAUCUCACUCAGGCUCAGAUCGCGCUUAAUGAGAAGCUAGUUGUUCUGUGAUCAGAAAUUAAAAUAAAUAAAAAAAUAUGUUUGUCAUUCCAACAA